GAGGAAGUCAAGCGGAGUGUGGACUCAUUCGCCACAAACUUGAUUUGGGAUGAGUUGAGUUGUCAGGGUUGUCAGCUUUGACAGUCGGCUACUCCACUGUGAAAGUAUGACCAACACGUCGUACAUGGUUGUCUCCAUACUGAUGUGGCUCCUCAAAGCCACCGUGGCUCUCCAGCAGUCUGGCCUUGAGUUGGGCGGCAGAGGGGGAAACAGGACACAGCGGGACGUCUCCUGCACAGACAACAUGGAGUACUUGCACAUCAACAUCUGCUGUUUAAAAUGUCCAGCUGGUACAUAUGUGAAAUCACCUUGCACAAAAGCAGGGCAAAGUGGGAAGUGCGAGGAAUGUGACUACGAGAUGUACACGGAGCACGACAACGGGCUGCAUCAGUGUUUGAGGUGCACCAAGUGUCGCUUCGAUCAGGAAAUUGUAAGGCCGUGUUUGUCAACUCAAAACACUGAAUGCCAGUGUAGAUCGGGAUGGUUCUGUGCCCCUGACCAAGCGUGCGAGGUGUGCAAGAAGUGUUCAAGAUGUGAAGAAGAUGAGGUGAAAGUGAGGAACUGCACCGCUGUCUCCGACACACAAUGCAAGAAAGGCCGGUCCGGCUCUGGCUUUGCAUCUGCCUCAGUUGCUGCCGUGAUUGUGCCAGUUGUGAUAUCUGCGGUAAUUUUUGGAAUAAUAGUUGCUUUUGUGUGCCGGCGGAGAUGUCGCAGACCAACAGACAUAUUUUUCUUUCCAGACCCUGAAAGCAAUCCACCUAACAGACUGAAGGAAGUGCUGGACUGUAGGGACAGCCGGUCCUCAGAGGAAAGGCAGAACAGAGAGAACCGAAGGGUGAGCCGCUCGCAUCUGAUCCAGUGCCGGCCAGUGAUGAGAGCCAAAUCCUCAGCCAGUACAGAGGAUGAGUGCGCAGAGCUAUGGGACAGCCCGGACAGCUCUGCCAGUAACUCCCAGUGCAGUCUAGCUGACCUUGUGCCUCCCCUCCCCACAUGCUCUCCCCACUGCAGCCCUGUAGUCCCCAGGCAGCACAGCGUGAGGGAAAAUGAGCCAUUUCCAAAUCUUGUUCCUGUGAAUGGUGAGGAGUCUCUAAGAAAUUGCUUUGAAUAUUUCGAGGAGAUGGACUUCGACUACCACAAGAGGUUCUUCAGACAACUUGGAAUUAAAGACAAUGUGAUCAAAAGCAAAGACCACCUUCAGCAUGAAGACCGCAUCCAUGAGCUGCUCAACAGUUGGAUAGAAAAAGUGGGCAAGGAAGCCAGCUUAAAUGACCUGCUGAAAGUACUACUUACUUUGAAUCAAAGGUUAACAGCCGAGAACAUCAUGGUCAACGCCACUAGCAAUGGUCAUUAUGUCUUUGAGAAGGAAUGAAUGCAGAAUUGCUUUCGGAAAAGAGAGGGCAUGAGUAAUGUGGGUGUAUGAAUCACGCUUACGGUCUCAGGUAGUGGCGUUGGGAAGCCUCUGAAUCAUUCCC